AUGGUUCGGGAACUGGAACAAGAGCAGGAAAGUUACAGGUCCAAACUAUUCCAUUUCAAAGGGAUGUUUGAGAACACAGGGAGGCAUACAAAGAGUUUGAGCAUUGAGAGUGCCAGCAUAUUAGAUCCAUCUUCUGAAGAAGAACCAGUGUCAUCAAGAAGUCACGGAUCAAAACCUCUAAAUGAUUCAAAUAAGGGUCCUCCACCUCCUAAGUCAAAGUUAAUAAGCACCAAGGAGGAAAUUGCAGCCAAAGAAGCCAGGGAGAAGCUAUUGCAAGAAAUGGAACAGAUGAAGGAGAGAUUUGCUAAACUGCUAUUGGGUGAGGAUAUGUCUGGUGGAGGAAAGGGUGUUUCUUCAGCUUUGGCAUUGUCAAAUGCAUUGACAAACCUAGCAGCUGCUGUUUUUGGUGAACAAAAGCGCCUAGAGCCAAUGCCGCCAGAAAGAAAAGCAAGAUGGAGAAGAGAAAUUGAUUGGCUUCUAUCAGUUACCGAUUACAUUGUUGAAAUGGUUCCUUCACAACAAAAAUCCAAGGAUGGCUCAAACAUGGAGAUUAUGACAACACGACAAAGAACUGAUCUUCACAUGAAUAUCCCUGCCUUAAAAAAGCUUGAUACAAUGCUUAUUGAUAGUCUAGAUAACUUCAAAGACCAAAACGAGUUCUAUUAUGUAUCAAAAGAUGCAGAUGAUUCAGAUAAAGAUAGUUCAAAGAGACAAAAUGAUGACAAAUGGUGGUUACCUACCCCCAAGGUUCCCCCAGAGGGUUUAUCUGAUGCAUGCAAAAGGUUUGUGCAGUAUCAGAAAGAUUGUGUGAAUCAAGUACUUAAAGCAGCCAUGGCUAUAAAUGCUCAAACUCUAACAGAAAUGGAGAUCCCUGAAAGCUAUAUCGAAUCCCUACCCAAGAAUGGAAGAGCAAGUCUAGGGGACUCAAUCUACCGCAGUAUCACUGAUGAAUUUUUCGAUCCCGAUCAGUUCCUAGCAACCAUGGACUUGUCAUCAGAACAUAAAAUCCUAGAUCUUAAGAACAGAAUUGAGGCAUCUAUAGUGAUUUGGAAGCGGAAGAUGAACCAAAAAGAUAGCAAAUCAGCUUGGGGUUCUGCUGUGAGUAUAGAAAAAAGAGAACUCUUUGAAGAGAGAGCAGAAACAAUCUUACUUCUCUUAAAGCAUCGUUUUCCUGGGAUUCCCCAAUCAUCAUUGGAUAUAAGCAAAAUCCAAUUCAACCGGGAUGUGGGGCAAGCUGUUCUUGAAAGCUACUCAAGAAUAUUGGAAAGUUUGGCCUUUACAGUGUUGUCAAGAAUAGAAGAUGUACUCCAUGCAGAUUUACUCACUCAAAAUCCACCACAAGCAGGAAGAAGAAGCAUUGUGAGAAACCCAGUUCCCAAGCCAGAAAAGACUCCAACUCCUAGAGAAGAGGUAGACAAGGGUGCGGAAGAAGCAGGUUCAAUGACACUAUCAGAUUUCAUGGGUUGGAGCAAUGAUCAAGGUGACUCAGACAUUAAGAAGGACCUUUUUGCAGUUUCAGAUGACCUUUGCAAAGACCUUGAUAAUGGAAAGCCUCAAAAACUCCCAGAAAUAGUGACUGACAAGAAGGUGACCUACCUUGAGACCUUGGGAGGUAUGAGAAGUCCAACUUCACGGCAUUAA